CUAGAAAUUACUUCAAAAAUCAUUGGUCUAAGUACAAGAUAUAAACGAAAGCCUCAACCAGGCACCACCCUAAUCUGAGAAUUGAAAAUUUCAGUCUUUCCUUCCUUAACAAUAAGGCCAGUGUGUGUGGGUGUUGACAGUAGGCCCUUGAACUCUCCCUGGUUGGCCCGCCGACGCAGGUUACCAGGCUAAGCUACCUCCAGCGGCAGCAGAGCGAGCGUAGAGCCCUGAGCUUUCCCGCUGCGCGGCUGGCGCUUCCCUCUCGGGGUGCGCACCUGCCGAGCUCAGCGGUCCUGCGCGAGCUGCGCCUCCACCUUCCUGAACGCUUCAACUGCUGUUACAACGCCAGCUUGGCUCCAAGAGAGCGGAGCCAUGUUCCUUCUUCUGGUCCUCCUCACCCGGCUUGGAGAGCUGCACGCAGAUCCCGGUCCUCAUAAAACAUUUCUGCAGACCACGGUUCCUGAGAAGAUUGCAUCAUCUGAUGCAAAAGGAAAUCCAGAAAAUAAUAUUGCUUAUAUCAUUACAAUAAAAGGAAAGCCAUAUUUUGUCCAUCUCACAAAACAAUCAUUUUUAUCUUCAGUUUCUGUUGUUUACUCUUAUGACAAAGAUGGCACCCAACAUUCUCAGCCUUUGUUAGCGCAGAUGGAUUGCAGUUAUCAUGGAUAUGUUGCAGGUUUUCCAGAUUCUCUUGUGUCACUCCACACUUGUUCAGGACUCAGGGGAACACUACAGCUCAAAAACAUCUCAUAUGGAAUUGAACCAAUGGAGGCCGUAUCGGGAUUUGUGCACAUGAUUUACGAAGAAAAAUAUGAUAACAUUAGUGUACCUCUCUUAGGAGAAACUAAGACUUACAGCUAUAAUAAUAUAUAUUAUCAUAUCAGAAAAAGUUCAGAAAGAACUGAAUUUUUCAAGUUACACCCUCAAUAUCUUGAAAUAUAUAUUGUUGUGGAUAAAAAUCUGUUUGAUUACAUGGGCUCUGAUAUAAAGGUUGUAACACAGAAGGUUAUUCAGAUAAUUGGCUUUGUUAACACCUAUCCAGAGGGUUUAUCCUUGGAGUCAUACACUGUAGGUAUUGUGCAGUUGCUUGGCUUUAAUCUGGGAUUGAGUUAUGAUGACCCUGACUCUUGCUAUUGUUCCAGAGAUGUUUGCACAAUGUCACCUAAAGCAGUGCAGUCUGGGGGUGUAAAGGAGUUUAGCACCUGUACUUUGGAUGACUUUAAAUACUUAGCUUCACAUUCUGGCUUUGAAUGUCUUCAGAACAUCCUUCCUGAAAUCCCAGUUUAUAAACAAGGACAGAGGAGGGUAUGUGGCAAUGGAAAAUUGGAAAUAGGCGAAGAGUGUGAUUGUGGCACUGUAAAGAACUGUACACAUAAAGACUGCUGUGACGCUAGAUUAUGUGUAAUGAAAAAGGGUAAACAAUGUGGUUCCGGGGAAUGCUGCACGCUUGAUUGCAAGCUAAAACCAAUUGGUAUACAGUGUAGGAAACCUUCAGACGAAUGCGAUUUCCCUGAAUAUUGCAAUGGGGUUUCCUCACACUGUGUGGCUGACACUUACGCACGUGAUGGACAAAGUUGUAAUUCGGGUGAUGCCUUCUGUUUUGGAGGACGAUGUCGGAUACAUACCAAACAAUGUAGAGAAUUGAUUGGAGGAGCUUCUAGAGGUGGUCCAUUUGCUUGUUAUGAUGAAGUAAAUUCAAGAGGAGAUAGAUAUGGAAACUGUGGCCGAACCUUUUGUGCUUAUGCUAAUCUCCUAUGUGGAAAAUUAGUUUGUGCCUGGCCACACAAAGCAUUAGUAUCACGUGCAAAUUUAUCUAUCAUUUACACGCAUGUCCGAGAAGAAAUGUGUGUAUCUACAUUUCGAGUCACAGAAAAAAUCCCUAAAAAUCCAUGGACAGCAAUUGAUUUACCCGAAGAGAGAGAUGAUACAUUUGUACAAGAUGGCACUGUGUGUGGUCCUGAUAUGUAUUGUCUCAGAUUUGCCUGUGUGGAAGUUCAAUACCAGAUACCAACUGCACGGUGCAAUUCUACUUAUUGCAAUAGCCAUGGAGUUUGCAACAAUUUAAAUCAUUGCCAGUGUGAAAAGGGGUUUGAUCCUCCCACAUGCCUGGAGAAGAAGGGAGAAUUUGGAAGUAUAGAUGAUGGGCACAAGGCUCCAUCUGGUAAAAUCUACUUGAGGGAACAAAAUACCACUCCUUCAAAACACCGAUUUCUACUCAUUUUCUACAUUUCUCUGCCUGUGCUCAUCAUUACUACCAUUGUUUUAAUAAAGCAGAAUACAAUAAGAGAUUUGUGCUACAGAGAGGAAACUGAAAGUGAGAGAUCUGCAUCAGAAGAAAGCAGCAGUAGCAGCAAGUUAUCCCCCAGUGUAAGCAACAGUCUCUAACAACCUUGGCCUGGAAGAAGGACAAUACCAAAUAAAUCAUCAGAAACUGGUUUAACCAAGA